UGCUAUUUGCUACUGUCAAAUCUGGGAUGGGAUUUAGGUUAGACUGCAAGCAUUGGUAUAUCGUCUACUUUUGUUGUUAAGUCAAUUUGUUGAUGGAAGCUUAAUUAUUACCAUUGCAGUUGCAGUUAAAUUCCACAAUGGAAUUACAAAAUAUUUACUACAACAAGUCGGAAUAUGUUGAAACGGCAUCAGGAAACAAAGUCAGCAAACAAACUGUGUUGUGUGGCUCACAGAACAUUGUUCUCAAUGGCAAAGUGAUAGUGCAAUCCGAUGCUAUCAUCAGAGGUGAUUUAGCAAAUGUUCGUAUUGGACGGCAUUGUGUCAUCAGUAAAAACUCUGUCAUCAGACCACCGUUUAAAAAGUUCAGCAAAGGAGUUGCUUUCUUCCCUCUUCACAUGGGUGAACAUGUCUUUGUUGGAGAAAACUCUGUUGUUAGCGCUGCAGUCAUAGGCUCAUACGUACAUAUUGGCAAAAAUGUUGUCAUUGGCCGCAGAUGUGUGCUGAAGGACUGUUGUAUGAUAGAGGACAACACCAUCCUAGGACCAGAGACUGUAGUUCCUCCGUUCACACGCUAUGGUGGGUCACCGGGACUGGUGGUGGGGGAACUACCGGAGUGUACUCAAGACUUGAUGAUCGACUACACCCGCAGCUACUACGACCACUUUGUACCUCAUUGAAUAUCUUUCUAAUUUAAAAAAAAGAUCAUAUUUAUAAUUUAUUCACUUUUGUACCAUAUACAAAUAUAAGCUUUAUUAAGUUAAA